AUGGAUGUCGACGCGCUUCUUGAACAGCUCACGCUGGAGGAGAAGAUCUCACUUACAGCUGGCGUUGGCUGGUGGCACACGGCAACAGUUGAGCGCUUGGGAAUCAAGCCGAUCCGUCUCUCUGACGGCCCCAACGGCGUUCGCGGCACACAUUUCUUCGACAGCACACCUUCCGCAUGCCUCCCGUGCGGAACCGCCAUCGGCGCAACAUUUGAUGUUGAACUCGUCCAACGGCUCGGCCGGCUGCUGUCAGACGAAGCUCACGCAAAGGGUGCCCAUGUCCUGCUCGGGCCUACAAUCAACACCCAGCGUGGCCCCCUGGGAGGCCGUGGCUUCGAGUCCUACUCCGAGGACCCGGUGCUGUCCGGCAUCCUCGCCGGCAACUACGUGAAUGGCGUCCAAGAGACGGGCGUGUCAGCCACGCUGAAGCACUUUGUAUGCAACGACCUCGAAAGCGAGCGCAUGGCCGUCAACGCCUUGGUGACGGACCGCGCCAUGCGCGAGAUCUACCUGCUUCCCUUCAUGAUCGCCAUCGAGGUGGGCAAGCCCCGCGCCAUCAUGACCGCCUACAACAAGGUCAAUGACGUCCACGCGGCGGAGAGCAAGCAGAUCCUGCAAACGAUCCUCCGCGACGAGUGGAAGUGGGACGGCCUGGUCAUGAGCGACUGGUACGGAACCUACAGCACGUCGGAGGCGAUCAAGGCCGGCCUCGACCUCGAGAUGCCGGGCCCCAGCAAGUGGCGCGCCGGAGCCCUCUCCCACGCCAUCAUGUCCAACAAGGUCAAGCAAUCAGAGCUCGACUCGGCGGUGCGCAACGUCCUGAAGCUCGUCAAGCAGGGUCUCGAGAACACCUCCAUCCCGCCAAACGCCCCCGAGACCGAGGCAAACACGCCCGAGCACAUUGCUCUCCUGCGCGAAGCAGCGGCCAAGUCCCUCGUCCUCCUGAAGAACGAGAGAAGCAUCCUGCCCUUUGACAAGAACAAGAAGAUCGCCGUCAUUGGGCCCAACGCGAACAUUGCGACCUACUGCGGCGGCGGCAGCGCCGGACUCAGGGCCUACAACACCGUCACGCCUCUGGAGGGCGUCAAGUCCCUCGCCAGCAAUGUCGUCUUCUCACAAGGCGCCUACGGCCACCAGUCUCUGCCUCUCCUCGGCAAGGCCCUCAGGACACCAAACGGGAAGCAAAGGGGCUUCGUGCUCCGAAUCUACAACGACCCGCCACCCGAGGACACCGCGAGCUCGGCCGACAGCCGGACACCCCUCGAGGAGCGUGUCCUCGACGACGCGAACAUCUGGUUCGUCGACUACGAGAACGCCGACCUCGCUCCCAUCUGGUGGGCCGAGACGGAGGGCACCCUCGUCCCCGAGCGGUCGGGCGAGUGGGACUUUGGCCUGUCAGUCCACGGCACCGGCGAGCUCUUCAUUGACGGCGAGCUAGUCGUCUCCAACGUGGAGAACCAGCGCCUGGGCAGCAGCUUUCUCGGCUGCGGAACGGUCGAGGAGACUGGCAGCGUGCACCUGGACGCCGGGAGGAGCUACCGCGUCCUGGUGCGCUUCGGUUGCUCCGCCACGAGCAAAGUCAAGGCCGCCGGCACCGUCGACUUUGGCCAGGGCGGCGUCCGCUUCAGCGGCUGCCCCAAGCUGGAGCCCGCCGCCGCGAUCCGGGAGGCCGUGGAGGUCGCCCAGAGUGUCGACCAGGUCGUCGUGUGCACCGGCCUGAGCGGCGAGUGGGAAUCGGAAGGGUUUGACAGGACGACGAUGGCUCUGCCCCCGGGCACCGACGACCUUGUUGCGGCCGUGCUGGCGGCGAACCCUAAUACGGCUGUUGUCGUCCAGAGCGGUACGCCGGUGUCCAUGCCUUGGAUCGACCAAGCCGGCGCUGUUUUGCAUGCUUGGUUCGGCGGCAACGAGUCCGGUCACGGUAUUGCCGAUGUGCUCUUUGGAGAGGUCAACCCGGCCGGAAAGCUCCCUCUUACCAUGCCGCGCCGCGUGCAAGACAACCCCGCGGCACUGAGCUUCCGCUCAGAUAACGGCCGUUGCUUGUACAGCGAAGACGUCUACGUCGGCUACCGCUGGUACGACACGCUCGACAUUGAGCCCUUAUUCCCUUUCGGGCACGGUCUUUCAUACACGACAUUCGAGGUCUCUGAUCUCGAGGUAUCCGAAGCAUCGGCCAAGACCAACGGUCACGCCAACGGCAACAACGCCAUCACCGCCCAGGAGCCCGGUAGCCUCCUCGUCCGCGUCAAGGUCGCUAACACGGGCUCUCGUGCCGGUUCUGAAGUGGUUCAGGUCUACGUCACCCCGGCGGCACCCACGCCUCUCACCAGCACAACCCGUGAUACCAUUACCCGUCCCAAGAAGGAGAUGAAGGGCUUCGCAAAGGUCUUUCUAGAAGCCGGAGCCAGCGCCACGGCAGAGAUCUCGUUGGAUGUCCUGCGUGCGACGAGCUACUGGAGCGAGAUGGGAGACUGCUGGCGCAGCGAUGCCGGCGCGUACGGCAUUCUCGUGGGAACUAGCAGCCGUGGAGAGUUUCUUGAAAGGACCAUGAACGUGGGGAAGUCGAGAACGUGGAGAGGAUUGCGGGCUUAG